AUGAGCAAAUUCUACGGCGUGGCUCACGGCUUUCAGCGUGGUGUCUUCACCGAAUGGUCUGAAGCGAAAAAACAAAUCGACAAGUUUCCACAGCCGGUCUACAAAAAAUUCUCUACAGAAGAAGAGGCUGAGAAGUAUGUAGAUGACAGAAAACCAAAAAAAGUUGAAUUGUCCUUCCCUGAUGACACUCAUGACACCUACUACGCGGUUGCUCGUGGACAUACUGUUGGCGUCUUCACCGACUACAAGGAUGUUAAGGAACACAUCAAAGACUAUCCUCAACCAUUGCACAAAAAGUUUUCCACUCUCGAUGAAGCCGUCGCGUAUUUCCAUAAGCUUUUUGAUGGAAAAGAUGUCGGCAAAGAAGCCGGGAAGACUGAAAAGGUCGAGAAGAAAUCAAAUACAGAGAAGACAGAGAAGACCGACAAACGCGAAACAAAACGGAAGGCGGAUAAAGAAGAAACUGUCGACAAGAAGAAGAAAAAAUAA